UAGGGUUCAAUCAGACGUAAUCAAGUAGUCGACAUGGACACACGUUUGCUGGUUGCACUGUUGCUGCUCGCCGGUUGCAGCGGUGAGAAUCGGGAUCAGGAGCGGGACCAGGAUCGGCUGAAGCGAAUAAAGCCCGGACGAUAUAUUCCCGAUCUGCAUGGGGCCACGGGUUGGUAUAUUCCGGAUAACAAGGGAAAGUACCAGCACGAUCCCAGGCCCUAUGACGGCGGCUACGGGGAUCGUGGUGAGCCGUAUUACAACGAUCUUCGAGGCCUUUUCACUAAUGCCCAGAAGCAACUGGAGGCCAAGGUUCAGGAAGCUGGCGAUGGCCUAUCGCUUGGCCCUCGCGAUCACCUGCGCUUCAUGAUCGACUUCAACUUCAACGGCACCGGCUGGCAGAUCAUCCAGUUCCAGUGGGUCCGCGAUGGCGAUGAAUCCGAUCCAGAUGCCAAGCAGAUUAGCUAUUUGAAUGAGAACAAACUUUGGGACUCGGAGCAGGCCUAUGAAUAUCAGCAGCCCGAGCAUGGUUGUCAGGUUAACUGUCAGCCAGAAGCCGCUGAGUAUCAGGAGCCACAGGAGCCUGUCCAGAGUCCAGCUGGUAAUCAAGAGCAUUCUAGAACGAACAUCAAUUCAGAGCAGGAUCCUGCCAAGGUUCAUGACACCAUCAGCGAGGUCCUGGAGUACAUCCAACAACGAAUCCUUCCAAACUUAAAAUGAAUCUGUUAAAUAUUAUCUGAAGUACUAUAAAAACUGUAACGAUUAAAUAAUAAAUCACGAAAAAUAUUA